GGAGAAGCUCCUCCGAGAUGAGCGUGGCCCCCUGGCUCGUAGUAGCCGCCCGGUUUCUCUAACGCCAUGGCGCGGACUGGAGUGAGAAACCGCUGUCUGUCGCUGGCUGCAAAGUGAGCGGGAAGCAGGCAGCGGGCCGUCCCAGGACGACAUGGAGCCCUGCGGAGACCUCGAGACGCCCCUCGGGGAACCUCCUGGCCCCGGGGGACGGGCAGCUGAGGACGAGGCCCUGGGCGAAGACUUUGGGGAGCGGUGGAGCCCCGAGUUCCAUCUGCAGAGAAAAUUGGCGGACCCCAGCCACAGUGAACAGCAAGAUCGAAACAGAGUUUCGGAAGAACUUAUCAUGGUUGUCCAAGAAAUGAAAAAAUACUUCCCCUCUGAGAGACGCAAUAAACCAAGCACUCUAGAUGCCCUCAACUAUGCCCUCCGCUGUGUCCACAGCGUGCAAGCAAACAGUGAGUUUUUCCAGAUUCUCAGUCAAAAUGGAGCACCUCAGGCAGAUGUGACCAUGUACAGUCUUGAGGAGCUGGCCACUAUUGCUUCAGAACACACUUCCAAAAACACAGAUACCUUUGUGGCAGUAUUUUCCUUUCUGUCUGGAAGGUUAGUGCACGUUUCUGAACAGGCUGCUUUAAUCCUGAAUCGUAAGAAAGACGUCCUGGCAACUUCUCGCUUUGUCGACCUGCUUGCCCCUCAAGAUGUGAGGGUGUUCUAUGCACACACUGCCAGAGCUCAGCUUCCCUUCUGGAACGACUGGACCCAAAGAGCUCCACGGUAUGAAUGUGCUCCAGUGAAACCCUUUUUCUGCAGGAUUCGUGGAGGUGAAGACAGAGAGCAAGAGAAGCGUCCCUCCCCAUUCCGGAUCAUCCCUUAUCUGAUUCAUGUCCAUCACCCUGCCCAGCCAGAAUUGGAAUCGGAGCCUUGCUGUCUCACUGUGGUUGAAAAGAUUCACUCUGGUUACGAAGCUCCUCGAAUCCCAGUGAAUAAAAGAAUCUUUACCACAACACACACCCCAGGGUGUGUUUUUCUUGAAGUAGAUGAAAGAGCAGUGCCUUUGCUGGGUUACCUACCUCAGGACCUGAUUGGAACGUCGAUCUUAAGCUACCUGCACCCUGAAGAUCGUUCUCUGAUGGUUGCCAUACACCAAAAAGUCUUAAAGUAUGCAGGGCAUCCUCCCUUUGAACAUUCUCCCAUUCGAUUCUGUACUCAAAAUGGAGACUACAUCAUACUGGAUUCCAGUUGGUCCAGCUUCGUGAAUCCCUGGACCAGGAAGGUUUCUUUCGUCAUUGGUCGGCAUAAAGUUCGAAUGAGCCCACUAAAUGAGGAUGUUUUUGCUACCAAAAUUAAAAAGAUGAACAAUAAUGACAAAGACAUAACAGAAUUACAAGAACAAAUUUACAAACUUCUCUUACAGCCAGUUCACAUGAGUGUGUCCAGUGGCUAUGGGAGCCUGGGAAGCACCGGGUCACAGGAGCAGCUUGUCAGCAUGGCCUCCUCCAGUGAGGCCAGUGGGCAAUGCAUGGAGGAGACAAAGGCGGAGCAGAUGACCUUGCAGCAGGUCUAUGCCAGUGUCAACAAAAUUAAGAAUCGGGGUCAGCAGCUCUACAUUGAGUCAAGGACCAAAUCAUCAAUCAAGCCAGUGACAGGGAUGUGCACAGAACUGAAUGGUGGUGGUGAGUAUAAGGCCUGUACUUCCUUCCACCAAACAUUGAAAAAUAAUAGCAUGUACACUGAGCCUCACAAGGAUUUGAGGAACGAAGAGCACAGCCCGUCCUAUCAACAGAUUAACUGUAUUGACAGUGUCAUCAGAUACCUGAAGAGCUACAACAUUCCAGCUUUGAAAAGAAAGUGUAUCUCCUGUACAAAUACAACUUCUUCAUCCUCAGAAGAAGACAAACAGAACCACAAGGCGGAUGAUGUCCCGGCCUUACAAGCUGGUUUGCAAAUCCCAGCCAUACCUAAGCCAGAAAUGCCAACAAAUGCACGAUCCACAGACGCAGGAGGAGCAGCUCCACAGAUCCUGUCCACGACAGUGCUGAGCUUGGGGUCGGGCAUGAGCCAGUGCAGUUACGGCAGCACCACUGUCCACAUCCCACCCCCAGAGACAGCCAGGGAUGCCACCCUCAUGUGUGAGCCCUGGACCCUGAACAUGCGGCCAGCCCCUUUGACCUCAGAAGAAUUUAAACACGUGGGGCUCACUGCGGCUGUUCUGUCGGCACACACCCAGAAGGAAGAGCAGAAUUAUGUUGAUAAAUUCCGAGAAAAGAUCCUGUCAUCACCCUACAGCUCCUAUCUUCAGCAAGAAAGCAGGAGCAAAGCUAAAUAUGCAUAUUUUCAAGGAGAUUCGACUUCCAAGCAGACUCGGUCGGCCGGCUGCAGGAAAGGGAAGCACAAGCGGAAGAAGCUGCUGGAGCCACCGGACAGCAGCAGCUCGAACACAGGCUCCGGUCCCCGCAGGGGAGCGCAUCUGAACGCACAGCCCUGCUGCCCCUCCGCGGCCUCUUCUCCGCACUCCUCAGGCCCGACCUUCCCACCUGCCGCCAUGGUACCCAGCCACGCCCCUUACCUCAUCCCAGCCGUGACCUGCCCCGGAAGAGAAUAUGCCGCCCCCGGAACUGCGCCGGAAGUCCUGCCUGGGCCGUCCUCGUCCAAGGACCAGCAGACUUGCCCAGCUUUCCCUUCUCCUUACUUGGAUACUUUUAUGACCGUUUUCCUGCCUGACCCCUCUGUCUGCCCUCUGUUGUCGCCAUCGUUCUUUCCAUGUCCAUUUCUGGGGGUGACAGCCUGUUCUGCAAUAUCACCCUCAAUGUCAGCAGUGACUCCAAACCUGGACACACCCCCUUCAAUCACCAACCAAAGGAGAGAGGAGGAAAAGUGGGAGGCACAAAGCGAGGGGCACCCAUUCAUUUCCUCAAGGAGCAGCUCGCCCUUGCAGCUAGACUUACUUCAGGAAGAGAUGCCCAGACCCUCUGAAUCUUCAGAUGAGAUAAGAAGGAACAGGUCCCCACAAGCUGAGUAUUGUGUUAUAGGCAACAGUGGCAGUGAGGGCAGUCCCGCUGCUACCCACGCACUGUCCAUGGGAUCACCUCCCAGGGAGACUCCAUCGCAUCCUACUGCCGGCGUGCUGUCCACGGGGUCACCUCCCAGGGAGACUCCAUCCGGAACUGGUUCUGCAGCAUCAGGAAGCAGUGACUGCAGUAUAUACUUUACUAGUAGUGCUUAUUCUUCUGAAAUCUCCCAAAAUGGGCAGCAAUCUCAGGAUGUACAGAAAAAAGAAAUAUUUCCCAAUGUCGCCGAAGAGUCCAUCUGGAGAAUGAUACGACAGACACCUGAGUGCAUUCUCAUGACGUAUCAGGUACCUGAGAGGGUUAAAGAAGUUGUACUAAAAGAAGACCUAGAAAGGCUAGAGAGUAUGAAGCAGCAGCAGCCCCAGUUUUCUCAGGGGCAACAGGAAGAGCUGGCCAAGGUGUAUAAUUGGAUUCAAAGCCAGGCUAUCCCUCAGGAAAUUGACGUUCAAGCCUGUGUCACUUGCGAAAGUGCAGAUUCAGCUGAUGAUGGGGCCACAUCCAGUGGUCAGGCAGAAGACUGCAGUUGAACGACUGUGAGGAUGAACCUUCGUACCCUUUCCAAGACAUGUUACACAAACUGACCUUUUUAAGUCCUGGACUUUUAAAUAUUUGACCACGAAGUUAUUAGUGAAUGUUAAGAUUUUUUCUUCUUGAUUUUUUUAAUACACAUAAUCUUUUUGAAGCAGACAUUGUAUACAGAGUCUUACUUCUCUUUGUUCCUGAUACAUUUAAAUGGCCAGUGAGGCUCUUUCUCUAGUUGAGUUGUCUUCUAAAGAGAUUGGAUGGCCUCUAAAGAGGUCUGUGGAUCUCUAGUUCAGAUGUCACCCAGAGUACAUUAUAAUUAGAAGUGUAGCUAGAAUGAGCCCCAGACCUUAGCCUGGUUUAUUUUCUUCUGUUACAUAGUCACUUUCACCUUAGAGUGCUUGAAGAACUCCCAUCUACGGGUUGUAUACUUUUCAUAAUGGUUUGCGUAAAUGUAGUACAUUCAUGUAGGCUUUGUUCAACCUGGUGAUCCCCUGCUUAAGAUAAAACAUUCCGGUUUUCUCACAGCACAUUAGCAUAUAUUGUCCAUUAGCAUAUCUGGGAUAACCAGGUUUUGAGGGUUGAGUUUUGACCUUCAUCCUUGCAGAUGCCUUUCCUACUGAUUUCCUACCUUCCAGUGAAAUUCUGAACAUUGAUCAGCUUACCAUGGGCUUAUUCUUUUGAGAGUUUAAGUUAGCAUUUACAUGUGUAAUGUUAAAGUGAAAGAGCUGCUUAUUCAACCAAUGGUGUUGCCCUUUUGAAUGUUUUUGUUUAAUUGUAAAAAGUUUCACAAGUAAUGUAAAAGCUAGUAUCAUUCUUGUAUACUUCUGUAUUUAAAUUUUCAUUCUUACCAAAACUAACAGUUAACUCUUUCUUUCCAAUCAAUUUAUACAAAAGAGGUCACUCCAGCCCUACCAGAGGUCUGAUUGGCUCUGCCUUUGUUUGCCCUUGAACAGGGGUAAGUGUCAUGGGGAUUGCGCAGGAGAAAACAUCCAGGGAGCUCAGUUGUCCUUCCCACAAGGCCCUGCGGUUCCUGCAGUCAGUACUUUCUGUGGCAGUUGUAGUUGUGUCUUUUAAGAAGUGAGUGUGAUUGUUUAAUUGAUAAAUCAGCUCACUCUCUGGUGCUCUUUAGAGAAGUCCCUGAUUCUUUCUCAAACUUGGAAUGAUACAUGAAAUUCACACCCCUGGAAGUCAGGAAAAAAAAAUACAAAAUGAAGGUUACAGUAACCUUUUGUCUUUAUAUAACUUGCAACAAACUAACUUAUUUUUGUCUUCCCUUUUUUUGUUGUUUUUGUUUUUUGUGGUUGUUUUAUGGAAAUGCUUCUUUCUCCUUUGAAGUGUUACAGCUUUUUGUAAAUGCAUCCUGAUAAUGAUUAGGAAAAUCAACCUUUUUAUCCACGAGGACCAUCCCCGUAGCUCAGAUUUUCUUUCGAAGUAGUGGUUUUCUGGAUGAUAAUUCCAUCUUAAGGUGUCAGAACUAUUUUCAAAUGCUGCCUCUGACAGUCCUUGAAUUUUCUGAUAUUAAACAGUUCCAUGCAGAUAUUCCCGUUUUAUACAUAGCUCUCAUAUUCUGCUCCAUCUUUAUACUUAAAUGAUUUCUGAAGCCUUUGUGUAUGUGUUGAUCAGGCUGUGUGGUAUUUUGGCUUGAUGAAAAAAUCAAAUUUGAAACAACCAGCCGGUAGAUUGUCUGUCAGUGAUCUUCUGUAGUAAUACAGUUUUUUUGCUUCUGUAAAUAAGAACAACACCUAUAGCUAUCAGGACCAUUGUGCAUUCAUACACGCCUAUUUUAAGGCUUAUGUUCUCUAACAGAAUCCUUUCUUUCCAUCAUUUCUGGAUAUCUGUAUUAUCCAAAUGUGCUCAUUUCUUUGCCUUAGUACACAUUUUCUGGAGUACAUGUUAUACGAGGUUUCAUUGGAAACUGGUGCUUGUCACAGAACUGUCAGAGCAUGAGGAGCACUCCUGUUGUGGGUGGAGGUGUCCACGUACUCGGGUUGCACCUGCUGCUGGCGGUGAGCAGGGGGCUCAGCAGCUGGACCACCGACCCCCAAGGGGGCUCUCGCCAGUUUAAACUUUGUUGUUCAAAUUUAUUAACUUUUUAUAUUAAUGACUAUAGAAAAUGGAAGUAAAAAUGUAUAUUAUAGGCUUCAGUGUUUACAUAAAUGUUAUCCAGAAGCUGUAUUUUCUUUGGUCAGAGGUCAAGAUUUAUGAAAAACAAGAUGCUGUAUGAAUGGAAUCGUUUUGCAAUUGAGUGAAACUUCAUUAUAAUUCACAGUGUAUAUUUAAUCCAAAUUGAAAUUUUGUUUCAACUGAAUGUAUAAUUAACUCUGAAUUUGUUUUUAAUCAUUAGUAAUAUUUGAAUUGGAUGUCUUUUUAAGUAAAAACGAUAAACUUGUGUACAUGUAAAACAUGA